AACAGUUCGAAGCCGUGCCGCGUGGCAUGGGGUCUCACGCCAUACAAGAUGUGAGAGAACCGGUUCUUGAUGAGGAGCCUACGGUCGACGUGUCAAGGUACAGCAGGAGUGAGAUCAAGAAACAGAGAGAAGCGCUGCCUAUUUUUCCAUACAAAGACAGAAUCGUCAAGAUAGUGCGGGAGAACCAGACCGUGGUGCUGACAGGCGAGACAGGGUCAGGCAAGUCGACUCAGAUCGUGCAAUACCUGCAUGAAGCGGGCAUUGCAAAGGGACGUACGAUUGGCUGCACUGAGCCUCGGAGGGUGGCUGCCAUGUCUCUGGCUCGCAGGGUUGCUGAUGAAGUCGAUUGUAAACUGGGCAAAAAGGUCGGCUAUUGCAUCCGCUUUGAAGACUGCACGGCGCGACAAACAGUCAUCAAGUACAUGACCGACGGAAUGCUUCUAAGCGAGGCAGGGAGGGACAAUCUACUGGAGCGCUACUCGAUCAUUGUCCUGGACGAAGCCCACGAACGGUCCAUACAUACCGAUGUCCUCUUCGGCGUUCUCAAAGGGAUUGCCAAACGAAGGUCGGACCUGAAGAUCAUUGUCACAUCGGCGACCAUAGAUGUCUCCAAGUUCUCGAAAUACUUCCUGAACGCUCCCAUCAUCACAAUACCAGGGCGGCUCUUUCCUGUGGAGAUUUUCUACAGCGAUGACCCCGAGCGUGACUACUACGAAGCCUCAAUUCAAAGAGUGCUUACCAUACACAGAACAGAGCCUAAAGGAGACAUUCUCCUCUUCUUGUCUGGGCAAGAAGAGAUAGAAAAUGCCUGGGACGUAAUCGUACAGAAGUCUCGAGACAAACGAGCAGGCCUAAAACUGAUGGUGCUUGCGCUGUACAGCGCACUUACAAGCAACAUGCAGGCCAAAGUAUUUGAACCGACGCCAAAAGGUUACAGGAAGGUUGUUGUGGCAACCAACGUAGCAGAAACAUCUCUCACCGUCGAUGGGGUGGUCUACGUGGUGGAUUCAGGUGUAGUGAAAGAGAAGGCAUAUGAUCCCCGCACGGGCAUCGAGUCCCUGGACGUCUCGUCUAUUUCUCAGACGCAAGCAAAUCAGAGAUCAGGGAGAGCGGGAAGGACAGCACCAGGCAAGGCAUACAGGAUGUACUCUAAGGCCGUAUACGACGAGAUGAAACCCACACAAGAUCCGGAGAUCAUCCGCAACGAACUCUCUUCUACCAUCCUGCAACUCAAGGCCCUCGGUGUUCACGACAUCAUGAAGUUUGACUACAUGGACGCCCCGGAUCGUCAGGCCCUUCAAAGAGGAAUCAGAAGCCUUCAGCUCCUGGAAGCACUGAACAAAGAAGAAAUGCUGACCGAACUGGGAAGGCAGAUGACACAGUAUCCAGUGGAACCGCCGCUCGCCAAGCUGCUGAUAAAAUCGCUCGAGCUGGGCUGCAGCGAAGAGAUCCUCACCAUAAUCGCUAUGCUGUCUGCGCAGCACAUAUUUUCCCGUCCAAAGAAGAAACAGCAGGAAGCAGAUGAUAGCAAGUCACUGUUCGAUGUUCCUGGCAGUGAUCAUUUGACACUUCUCAAAGUGUACAAUAUGUGGGUCUAUAAGAACAUGAGCAGAGAGUGGUGCUACGACAACUUCAUUCAACACCGUCGCUUGCAGCAGGCUAGGUCUGUGAGGAACCAGUUGUACUCAAUGUUAGAGAGGCUAAAUUUAGAAAUCGUCUCUUGUGGGAAGGAGACAGACAAGGUCCUGCAGGCACUGUGUUACGGCUUCAGCCAGAACAUCGCAGUGGUCUACAAAAUGGGCUGUUCACGCUACGGACGGACUAUAGUAUCCUACAAAACUGUUGUUGACCUUCACGACGUAUCCAUCCACCCUUCAAGUGUCCUUUUUCGGGACGACGCCGAAUGGGUCGUGUACCACAUGCUACUCAAGACGAAGAAGCCCUACAUUCGUUGCGUCAGUCGAGUGAAAGAGUCUUGGGUUCCGAAGAACAUAUACGAGCUCAAAAUGCGCAACAUCAAAGAAGUUUGUUAUGAUUUCUCAAACCUAGAGUAACCUUUUUGUACUUUAUGAAUAGGUUAUGGACUCUGGGACUCAGGCAAGCUCCUUAAUGUAAGGGAAGCAUUACACAAUACAAAGUUUUGUAUUUUUUAAUACGUUUCAAUAAAAGCGUAAGAUAUAAUGCAAAACAAAUAUGAUGCGCAUUAUAAAUAUGUGCGAAUAAUUUUUGUUAGAGCGAAGGAUCGGAAACGCAUGCAGCAGACGUUAGGACAUAAACAUGUGUACAUCAUGCGUACGCGAUAUAUUCAUACGGAUCAGAAUGUGAAACAGCGCUCACUUUGUUUUAUGCAAUCUCUCUUGUGCCGUUUUCGACCUUACGGCCGAGUAGUAUAGAUAGGUUGAGAGUUAGUUCCUAGCAACGACCCCCCAGGCCCCUAGCAACGGCUAGGCGCGUCUGGGCCAACUUCACUCGGGUAUUUUUUCCUGUGCGCGGCAGGCGGCGCUCGGGUGGAGGGCUGGAGCGGUGGGCGGAGCGUGGCCGGAGGGUUGCGUGCGCGCUUACCCGCUCAC